CAGAAUUCAAUGGUCUUCCGGUCGAGUUUAACCCACUGCACCUGACUGCGAAUUCAGCUGAUCAAAGCACUAUAAUCACAGUGGAAACUUUGACAUUUGUGGGGGGUUUUUUCUGUUAAGAUUUGAGGAGCAUAGCAAUGAAGGCUUUUGUUUUGAUUUUGGUGUUAGGCUCUUAUUUGAACUUUGGUGUUCUAGGAAGCAAAUAUUCCAGGACUGUGAACGACCCUAAAAAAGACACUCGUGAUGAUGCGGGCGUUGAGUUCAGUAUUGCUAAACUCAACAAGGUUUGGGAGAAAGCAAUCCGGCUUCAAUUAGCCCCUGUAAAGCAGGCUGAGCUGCACAGUGAUCUGGAAAUUCAAGAGAAGGACGAGCUCCACUGGAAAAAGCUGAAGGCAGAGGGUAUGGAUGAGGAAGGUGAAAAAGAAGCAAAACUGAGACGCAAUUUCAAUGUAAUCUUGGCCAGGUAUGGGCUAGAUGGGAAGAAAGAUACAAGGAAUUUAGAAAGCAAUUUCUUAAAGGACCACGACAACACAGAUACCAAUAUGUUUGAGGAUCCUAGACUAGACAAACUGUGGAGCAAGGCAAAAACAUCAGGGAAGUUCUCUGAGGAGGAGCUUCAGAAUCUGAAUAGAGAAUUUCAGCAUCACAAAGAUAAAGUACAAGAAUAUAAUAUUGUAAUGGAAACUGUGAGCAGGACUGAAGAUGUUUUCAAGAAUGAGAUCAGCCCAUCUGAAAUGGAGAUUAAAGAACACGUUCUGCAUGAGAAGCACGCUGAGCUUAAAGAAAAGCUCAGGAGCAUCAACCAAGGCUUUGAACGUUUGCGCAAGAUCAGCCACCAUGGUUUUGAUGUUGACAGUGAAUUUAAAGAACCUAGAGUUGCUGAACUUUGGGAUAUGGCAAAAGAGCGUAACUUCACAGACGAUGAGCUUGAAUCAUUUAAAGAGGAGCUGAUGCACUUUGAGACAAAGGUUGAAAAGCACAAGCAUUACCAGGAGCAGCUAGAGCUUUCACACCAGAAACUCAAACAUGUGGAGGCUUUGGGAUAUGAGGAGCAUAUGGUUAGAAACAAAGAGAAAUACACCAAGCUAUCUGAGAAGACUCGAGAAAUGGGAUAUAAGAUGAAGAAGCACAUGCAGGACCUGACAAGUAGACUUGCAAGGAAAGCACUUCAGCACAAUGAGCUUUGAGAGGUGUUCACAUCAAGUUAGCUUUUAUCUUUUUGAAUAACUUGGUGAGCUGAAAAUGCAAAUGAAAGGACCAUCCAAUCAUGUGUACCACAAAUUUUCAAAAUGUUUUCUGUUUUACAUUGACUUUACAUGUCAGAUUUCUAAAGGCCAAUUUGUUAGAUUUAUGGAUGUAUUGAUUACUGUUACAUUGCCAGUUUAUGUUGCUAAUUAAAGAUGUUUUGUUGUUUUUUUGUACAAUAAUGUAUUGGGUAUUAUAAUUUUAAUGUUCCCUCUUUCAACAUUCAGUAGCAGAUAUUAAAAUGGUUGGAUCUGAGCUUAUUUGAAUACAGACUGUUAAGAAGCAGUUCUGAUGCUAAUGAGUACCUAUAUUUGAGUGGCAUUGUUUAAUGCAAGGAAACUCAUUUAGAUUUUCAGUGAAAGGUAGCUGAGUGAAAUCAAUCAAUCAAUACUGUAUUUAUAUAGCACCUUUCAUACAAAAAGUAUAUCAAAGCGCUGUACAGGACAAAACAGAAGAAGAUCAAAAUGCAAUUCAUGUGUAUGGAAUUCUUCUAGGAGGUGGCAGUGCAUUCCACUAUUUGGGAGCACAGUGACGAAAAGCUCUCUCUCCUUUCCUUUUUGUGUACACUUGUGGGAGGCACAGAAGGUCUGUAUCGGCUGAUCUUAAAUCGCGAGAAGGUAUAUAUUUGACUUGAAGCUCCUUUUAAUAUAAGUUGGUUCCAUACCUUUUAAGUGCUUUAUAAGUCAGAAGUAACAUUUUUAAAUUGACUCAAAACUUCACUGGGAGCCAGUGCAGUGAAGCCAGCACAGGUGUUAUAUGGCCACUUUUUAUCGUUUUGCUGAGAAGCCUAGCAGCUGCAUUCUGUAUAAGCUGCAGGCGAUUCAUGGUGUAACCCGGAAGCCCAGAGGAUAGAGUAUUGCAAUAGUCAAGUCAGGAAGACACAAAAGCAUGACAUGGUAAACCAGCAUCAGACAAAGAGAAAUUACCUAAUUUUAGCACUAUUUCACAAACGGUAAAAUGACACUUUGGUGACAUUGCAAAUAUGCGACUCAAAAGAUAAAUCUGAGUCAAAUAAGACCCCUAGAUUUUUCACUUCUGUUUUUAUGUGGUCAAAUUGCCCAGAUCUAUUUUUAGAGAUUUUGUGCACUGUAUCAAAUGCAGCACUCAAAUCUAAAAGAACAAGAAUAGAGACACAGCUAGAGCCUGCACUUCACAAUAGAUCAUUGAGCGGAGUCUCUGUACUGUGGGCAGAACGGAAACCAGACAAACUUUGCAAGCACUUUGUUACCCUCAAGAAAUGAAUUCAGCUGGUUUGCUUUUACUUUUUCUAGAACCUUUGCUAGAAAUGGCAGAUUUGAAAUGGGUCUAUAAUUGUUUAAAUCAGUGGAGUAUAGGUUUGGUUUCUUAAGCAGAGGUUUAACCACAGCCAUUUUUAAGGCAGAGGCAACUGCUCCCGAUGACCAUGAACAAUUUAUUACGGCCAAGAUAAUUUCACUUCAUUGAUUACAUUUGUGUACCAAUACUACUGUGUCUGGUGUUUUGGUCUGUAAAAGUAUCUACAGUGUAUAAUGCCAGAUUGGACCCUAUUUUAAUGGUUUAAAUGGCAGUAUUUAUAUCUGACAUUAAGAUCAAUGGAGAAGUAUUUAAAUUACAGAUCAAUAUUUUCUAUGUUCUAGAAUUUGAUUCAGUGUUUUAAAAAAGGUUUGAAUGAAUUGGAUGAGAAUUAUAACUUACAUGUAUAUGAAAAACAAACCUGUUCAUAUUGCACUUUAUGCUGGUCAGAAUUUCCUACAUACCUUUACUAGGAAUACAUCCUUAAAGAAAUGAAAAACUGCAUGGCAGAGGUUAAUUUCCACUGAACAAAUGGUGGUGAUUGUCUGUCUUUUAAAUUGCAAAAUUAAAAAGUGAAGUAUUGGAUAAGUAACAGUGAAGAGAAAAUGGUUAUAACUGCAAUAACAAAAUAAAAAUGAUGCAUUGCU